AUGUUCACACCUGUUCAUACGUCCCUGGGGGCCCUGCUGCUCUUUCACGGCUCUUCCGGGCUACUCGUUCAUAACGGAGCUGUGUUUGGGAUUUCCUCACUCCUGUCUGGGUCCAUCUUCGAUCCCAACCAAGACAACGUCCCGAUCAUUGCGGGUUUGAUAUCCAGUGUGGUACCUAUCUCACUUCUAGCGCCCUCGUUGAUUCCCAAUUACCCUGCCGCACCACAUUCUUUGGCCUCCGCCGCCGCAACACUUGGGGUGGGCUUCUUACUGGGUUGGGGAACAAAGAAUGGCUGCGGUUGUACCUCUGGCCACAUGCUCUGCGGCCUGUCUCGCUUGUCGCCACGCUCCUUGAUAUCCACGGCGCUCUUCUUCACAACGGCCUUGAUCACCGCCAACGUCGUCGGAGGCGGGUCCCGAAUUCCUUCCUGUGGUGACCUUCCAUGCUAUACCGCGGUCUACCCAUCCCCCGCCGAGACAGCCUUUAUGGCGGGAUCAUUGGUCCUUUCCACCAUACUUAAUUCCAUCGUCGUCCCCAAUUUCCUAGAGCGGAAAUCAGAGCACCGCAGUAUCUUUGCCUACCUCGCGGGUCUCGAGUUUGGACUGGGCUUAUGGAUCUCGGGCAUGGCGGAUUCCGCCAAAGUGCUGCGCUUUUUCGCCAUCGCAACCGAUCCGUCUCGCUGGGAUCCGUCCUUGGCACUGAUCAUCUUGUUUGGAAUCGGUCCGUCGCUCAUCACGUUCUUGUCCAAGCAGCCGGGCCAGCAGUCGGAGAAGGAUGAUGAACCCAUCCCGCCGACGCUGGCGGAAAAAUGGCGGCUCCCCACAAAAACGGUGGCAGAUAUUGACUGGCGCUUCUUGGCGGGCUCCAUCGCCUUCGGUAUUGCCUGGGGCUUGCAGGGAGUCUGUCCGGGUCCGGCCAUUUUGCGCUCGCUCAUCCAGCCCACUUGGGGGUUGGUGACCAUGGCUGGAUAUGCUCUCGGCAACCUGCUUUGA